CGAUCGAUCUCCCUAUUUAUACCCUGGGCGAUCGACCGAUGACGAUAUAGUACAAAAUUAUAUCGAUCGAUCAGCAAACUAAUCAUUGAUCUUCAAGAGAUUAUUUCUACUUAUAUAUCUCUCGAUCUUCACAAAUUACACAUACGACAUAGUAUAUGGCUCUUCUUUGCAGUGAGCUGCAGGUCAGGGCAAUGGUGGUGAUCGCCGCCGUGAUGCUGGCGGCAGCGGCGCCGGCGGGGACGACGUGCGAGCAGCUGGAGUCGGUGGCGAGGUCUUGCACCGGGUACCUGAAGAGAAGCCUGAUUUUCCUGAACGACGCGUGCUGCGACGGCGCCGAGAGCGUGUACGAUGCCCUGACGACGGACGCCGCCGUCGACCUCGGCUUCGUGUGCCGCUGCCUGAGGGGCUUCGUCAUCAGCGAGUCGCUUCGCCCUUACCUCUACAGGGUCGCCAAUCUGCCUCGCCUGUGCCGCUUCAAGGAUCGGGGCCCCAUCCCAUACAACAACUCCACUAUCCACGACUGCAGGUUCAGUGGUACCACACGUCACUCGCUCUAAUUGUAACACGCUAAGAGCAAAUUUAAUAGUAUACCCCACUACUAGCUCUAAAUCAUCUAUAGCCAAUAUAAUAGCUAAUUCAUACAAUAGUUGUUUACUAUACUAUUAAUACCUGGUCCCACCUGUCAUACACACAUUACGUUUUGGAGCCCGUGCUGCAGCUGGCUACAGAUUUGUAGCCCGCUGCUUUUCUCUCUUUUUCUUUAUCUAUUUAAAAUAUGUUUAUAGCUGGCUUAUAGCCUGCUAUUGUACCUGCUUUAAGUGUACUUAAUUUCGAUAGAAAUAAAUAUAUAUACUCCAUGGAGUAUUAUGU